AUGAAUAAUAUUAAAUAUGUGGAACUUUUUUACAAAUGCAAAAUAUUUCGAAAAAAUGGAUUGAAUAGAAUAAUUAGAAGAAAUGGUGGUACAUUUAAUCAUAACAUAAAAGAAAAUGAACGUAUUCCUCCUGCAUCUGAAGAUCCAAGUUAUAAAAAUUUAUUUGAUCAUGCAGAAGAUAUAAAAUUAUGGGAAAUUGAAGAAAAACAAAAUGUGUCUCAUAAAAAAGUUGAAGAUUUAUCAGAAUUAGUUGAACCGUCAAAUCAUCCACAUCAAUAUGAAGGUAUUUUUGCAAGAACAAGAUAUGCUCAUUAUAAUCAAACUGCUGAGCCUGUAUUUCCAAGAAAACCAGAUCUAGAGAAAGGGGAAUUGGCUAGCGGAGCAAAUGUAACAAGAACUGAUGUCUGGCAUAAUCCUAAAGAACCAGCUAUUGUAUCAAUUGGAAAAUUUGAACCAAGGAAUUUUAGACCUGCUGGUUAUGCAGAAAACUGUCCUAAUCCUGAAAGUAUUAAUUCAGAUCAUCAUCCUGAUUUUCGAGAAUAUAGAUUAAGAAGUGGAAAUGAAGAUAGAAGAUCCUUCAUGUAUUUUAUCAGUGCAUCCUAUUUUUUUAUUAUGUCAUCCAUUAUGAGAUCUGCUAUAUGUAAAUCUGUUCAUUUUUUUUGGAUUUCAAAAGAUCUAGUUGCUGGAGGUACCACAGAAUUAGAUAUGAGAACAGUAAAUCCUGGAGAACACGUUGUUAUUAAAUGGAGAGGUAAACCUGUAUUCGUUAAACAUAGAACACCUGAAGAUAUUCAAAGAGCAAAAGAAGAUGAUAAAUUAAUUCAAACCAUGAGAGAUCCGCAAUUAGAUUCAGAUCGUACCAUUAAACCAGAAUGGCUAGUCAAUAUAGGAAUAUGUACACACCUAGGUUGUGUCCCAGCUCAAGGUGGUAAUUAUAGUGGAUAUUUUUGCCCUUGUCACGGUUCCCAUUAUGAUAAUUCAGGAAGAAUCAGACAAGGACCUGCACCUUCCAAUUUAGAAGUGCCACCUUAUGAAUUUGUUGAUGAAAAUACGAUAAAAAUUGGAUAA